AGCUCGGUACUGCGACCGACUCCUUUCGCUUCUAUAGUUGUGUAUCAGCCUUUACACAAGGUCUAUUUACCACUCUUACUCCUCACUGUCUCGGCAAUGCCGAUGCAGCAAUAGGUAUCAUCUUUCUAGCAGUAUUAAGUGCUAUCACAGCCCCUUGCCAAAACUUUCUCGCUGGCCAUCAGCUGUUUCGGUCCAGUGUUUGUUGACAUACACCGUGUGUAACGAGCAGAAUCUCAAGCAGGCUAAACAAAAAGCGACGAAAUCACUACUCUUGACUUUGUACAUGUACGCGAAUGUUAGUUUUCUAGCUGUCGCGAGUUCAAAGAGAGAGAGGCUAUCAGGGAUUCACAAUGGCGGAAGAGAAAGGAACGGCGAUGCCGGUGAACAACGGUCGUGGCGAGCUGAAAGAUGAUCAUGGUAUAGCCAUACAGGAACACGGAGCCUUGGAUACUAACCCCCAUGCUGAUUCCCAGAGACCAACCGAUCCCAAAGAUGUAAAACAUCGUGGUGUUGAGAAAAUGGAGCGCUUCAAUGACGUUUUAUAUCAUUCCGGCAGGACUGGAAAAGUCCUACUUUGGGUUCUUGCGGUGAGUAUGAUACCAGUACAUGGACUCCAUCCGGAUACAGGGCUGAUAUGUUACCAGGCUUCGCUACUCGCAACCAUGAUUGGAUACUCCUUAGAUCAGGCAAGCACAUCUCAAUUCACUGUGAUUGCCGCUUCAUCCUUUGGCCGACACGCAGAUAUUGUAAGUUACGGCGCCAUAGCAACUGCCAGCCAGAUCAUCCGUGCAAUCGCCGAACCCUUCCUUGGGAGAAUGUCCGACAUCACUUCUCGACCAGACACAUACAUCGUUGUCCUCGUAUUUUAUGCUAUCGGCUAUAGCGUAGCAGCUAGUUGCAACAACACGGCCACAUAUGCGAUUGGCAUCUGCUUCACGUCGUUUGGCGAGUCAGGUCUGGAUUUAUUAUCGAACGUUAUUGUUGGCGACCUGACUCCGCUUCAAUGGCGGGCGUUUGCUGGUGGGAUGUUGAACGUCUCCAGUCUAUUCACUACGUUUGCCGCAGGUGGGAUGGUCGACGCUCUGGUUCCAGAUAAGUGGCGAUGGGGACUUGGUAUUUUUGCCAUCAUGAUCCCAAUCCUUAUGCUACCUGCCAUAGGCACAUUAUACGGCAUCCAACGAAAAGCUGAUAAGAUGAGUCUUGAUGGCAUCGCAGACAGCAGUAUGGUGAGGAAAAAUCGCGUAGACCACUCUUUAAAACGGUACAUAGGUCUGGCUCGACAAGGUAUUAUUGACAUAGACCUCCUGGGGCUUGUCCUGCUUGGGUUUGCAUUCUCGCUUAUCCUUCUAUGUCUUACUCUUGCAGAGAAUGCAGAUGGAGGCUGGUCUAACCGAAGCAUGAUCGCUAUGCUUGUUGUAGGCUUCGUUCUUCUCGGUGCGUUCAUCGCGUACGAAGUGUGCUUGGCGCCCAAACCAGUCAUGAGGAAGACAAUUCUUCUGAACAAAGCAUGGAUCUGCGCGACUGUCGUUACAGUGGCUAGCCAAAUGUCCACUGGUACCAGAGCCGGAUAUUUCUCCUCAUACACAUACGUUACUCAGUCCUUCAGUGACUUUGAGUGGAGUGUAUUCAAUAAUGUAAGUAUGCUCACGUUGUAUUUUACCAGUCCCCUAGGCGGCUUAAUACACCGUAUCACCCACAGAUACAAGACACUGAUGCUCAUCGGAGCUGUUCUAAGGCUGAUAGGAAACGGGAUUGUCUUGACGGGAAACGGACGCGCAACCCAAAGUCUUGCGGCUUUAGCGGUCUCCCAGGUCCUCGUUGGAUUUCGUGGGUUCAUGACCAUCGGGGCAAAAGUUGGCAGUCAAGGGUCCGUCGCCCACACUGAUCUUGCUUCCGCGGUGUCUUUGUUGUUUCUCUGGGGUAUAUUGGCCAGUUCCGUGGGCUCUGCUAUUGGCGCACUUAUCUGGACAAACAAGAUGCCGAAAUUUCUUCGUGAAGAGCUGCCUGCAGGCACUUCUGAGGCAACUAUCAAAAAGGUCUACGGAUCCAUCAAAUUACUCAAGGAGUAUGACUUAGAUGAUCCCAUCAGAGUUGGAGCAGUCCGUGCAUAUGAUCGCACAAUGGGGAUUAUAUUCCUCACGAGUCUCUUGCUUUCCACUGUCUGUGUCGUCUUUACGUUGGCUAUGCCGGACUAUUAUCUCGGGAAGCAACAGAAUGCUAUCGAUAACAAAGGUGUGGAUGGGCAUGAGGUCGUUGGCAUUGAGGACCAUACCAAUCGGGAGCGAUAUACAGGACCUGGUCUGUGGAACCGAAUCCGUCGUGCGUACUACAAAGACACUUAA